GGGCAGGCUGAGCACCUUCCCUGAGCAGACACUGAGGCUCCAUGGGGGCCACUCCGUCCUCCUCCGGCGGCCACCAGGACCGGAGCGGGGACCGUUCCUGGACCAUGUGGGCGCCCGUGCUGCUCUCCCUGCUCUGCUGCCUUGGGGCUCCCAGCGGUGCCCGCAUCCUGGGGCGCUGCACUGUGGCUCGGCUGCUCCAGGAGCGGGGCCUGGCCUACUUCGAGAGCAAGUUCAACCCCUCGGCCGUGUACGAGGACGUGCAGGAAGGCGUCACAGGCUUCGGCCUCUUCCAGAUCCGCGACCGCGAGCGGUGUGAGCCCGGCGGGAACCUCUGUCACGUGGCCUGCUCAGCUCUGCUGAAUCUGAACCCGAAGGACACAAUCAAAUGUGCCAAGAAAAUCGUGCGAGGAAAAUAUGGGCUGGGAGCAUGGCCCAGCUGGUCCCUGCACUGCCGCUUCUCUGACACCCUGGUGCGGUGGCUGGAUGGCUGCAAGCUAUAGUGGACUCUGCCUGGCUACGUUUAAUACUUCCCUCACCUGUGUCACCUGCCGCCUGACAGCUCCGGGUGAACACACCUGCUUGCUUCUCUGGAGACCCAGGAUGUGAAAUAAACCCCGCUUGUUCCUCAGCCGGCCGUCUCUGCCGAGCCGUCACUGCUGGCCCCUGCCGGUCACCAUGGUGACUCCAGGCCUCUGCUCAUGGAGGGGACUUGAAGGAAGGGGAUGUCUAGGAACAAGGCGCAUCCACGGAGGCUAGGGCGAAGCAGGCACAGGAAAGAGAGGCACCAGGGAAAUAAGGGAGUCCCAGCAGGGAGGCGGAGGCGAGCAGGCCCACUAUGAGACUGCCAAGUGUUUUUAAACCGUUAAAAAGAAUAUGAUAGCCACUUUCAUGUCCAUGGCUGCCCUUUAAAAGAUGUCACGUCUUCAAAGUUACACAGACGUACAUUGUGUGAUGAGGAGACCCAGACGGAGUUAUAAAGAGGGGAUUAGAAAU